CGCACUUGUGGAUGCUUGAUCGACGGGACAGCUCGUAACGUUCAAAUGUCGCAGGACAGAUACAGUAGCGCAUGACUUGGCAUGCAAUUAUGCAGUCUUUCAGCUCCGUUGACACAGAAGAAUGGUUUGUGCCCACUCGAUGUCAGUAAAAAGACCCUCACUAUGGAGAAUACAUUUGGUUGGUUUACACUAAAAGUUUGCUACUGAUCUUCGACAACGGAAACGUUUGCGGAACGGUUUUCUAGGGGAAAAAAUGCAUAGUUGUUUCGGCGUGUUUCGCAAGCCAUCAAUUAAAAUCUAUUUACAAAACAGAAACGGGUUUUUAGGUAACCUUAGAGAGAUAGUCUCUGCUGCUUCGCAAGCCGCUUUUGUGGGACCUAACUGAGUUGACUACUUGUUGAGCAUUUUGUCUUACGAACGUCGUGGGCAUUCACCAUGCACGCUGCCAAAGGUAUGGUCGAGAUACAAUGUCAUUAUGUUGACGUUUUAAUGUAUUAUUAUCCCAGCGUUGCGUAGCCGAGCGGACACCCUUGAAAUGCCUCUGUCAUUCUUUUUUUUUCUCUGUCGGUCUUUCCAACAUAGUGAUUGUAGAAACUCGAAUGAACAACCUGGUUUCAGAGCAUUUCGUAUGAUUUUGUACGUUAUUCCCCAAUACUUAGUAUAUAUUAGUAUUUAUUUUUAGAAAAUUAGAAAAACGUACACUAUGUUACAAAUAUGUCAAAUGUAUGACAUGUUACGAAUUCUGGCUAGGUUGCUAAAAUUAACUAGCUGGCUAAUGUAAGAUAGGCUAGGGGUUAGGGUUAAGUUUAGGAGUUAGGUUAAAGGGUUCCUUAAUAUUAGGGUUAGCUAACAUGCAAAGUAGGUAAAAAGUAGUAAAUAGUUGCUAAUUAGCUACAACGCUAUAGUUGUCCAAGAUGAAAUUCGAACUCGCAACCUUUGGAUAUACAUCCACCCGACCAAACACCGUUCUUUCGUUUUUGCCUUAAGUAACCAUCUGUCUUUGUAACCAUAGCAAACGUAACAUAUAAUACUAAUUUAAGUGUCCUUGAUUUACAUUUACUAUGUUCUGUCUAGCCUAUGAGACCAGGCUGGAAUGAAUGAGCUGAUGUUGUUGAUAGGCUAGACUACAUAGUUGCUGUCUUUACACUUGAACAUAGUCUACAGUGUAGACUCUACACAAUCGAUUCUCAGUUAGCAAAAUGACGUUGAAAAUGCGUAUUUUCUAGACGUUGAAAUUAUGUUCAUUUUCGUCUCUGGAUGAAAGUUGAACAUACAUCUUUUCCGGAUGUUAAAAAUACUUUUAUUUCGGAUGUGGAAAAUCCAUAUUCUCCGGACAUUUUAAAUAUUCUCCGGACAUUUAAAAUACAUAUUUGACUGACCUUGAAAAUACUUAUUUUUCAACCGUAUAUAUAAAUGUAAAUGAAGAAAGCAUUAUUAUACCACAUUGCUUAAAAAUAAAAAAAUAGGAAAAUGGAGCAAACUGAAGAUUUUUUUUAUUUAUCUAGGCAAGUCAGUUAAGAACAAAUUCUUAUUUUCAAUGACGGCCUAGGAACAGUGGGUUAACUGCCUGUUCAGGGGCAGAACAACAGAUUUGUACCUUGUCAGCUCGGGGGUUUGAACUUGCAACCUUCCGGUUACUAGUCCAACGCUCUAACCACUAGGCGACACUGCCGCCCCAGAUUGCAUUAUGGAAUAUGUUUUAUUACUCCCAUUUGUCACAUGCACUUAUGUUAACUUUUUCAAAAGCUUUAGAACUGGCAAUGAUCAUGUUCAAAGUUUUCAGACCAACAGAAAAAAAAUAGCAGAACACUUCAACUACGAUAACAUUCUCAGUAACGGUUACAGAAAUGUGUUUCUUGUUAUGACUGUGAUAUUUGGUUCUACCUUAGUUGAAUGCACUGACCAUAAGUAGCUCUAGAUAAGAACGUUUGCUAAAAGCCCAAAAUGUAAAUGUAAAAAGAUUUAGUCAGUCUCACAAGUUUGACAGCACGGUACAGUACAGUAGAGUUAAAUUCAAGUCAAGUGCAAUCUCUAUUGCACUCUACACUGCAUUUUUCCACCUGAACAAGAGGAACAGCGACGUGAGAAUGGUAUUAAUUGAAUACAGUUGAGCGUUCAAAUAAUUCCCUCAAAGCUUAUCACUAAGGUUAGGACCCUGGGCCGCACCCAUGUGAAAGGGUAGGUAACAACACAUCUGCCACGCUGAUCCUCAACACGGUGGCCCUUCAGGGGUGCGUGCUCAAUCCCCUCCUGUACUCCCUGUUCACCCAUGACUGCAUGGCCAAGCAUGACUGCAGCACCAUCAUUAAGUUUGCAGACGACACAACAGUGACCACCGAUAACGAUGAGACAGCCUAUAGGGAGGAAGUCAGAGACCUGGCAGUGUGGUGCCAGGAUAAUAACCUCUCCUUCAAUGUGAUCAAGAAAAAUGAGAUGAUCGUGGACUACAGGAAAAGGAGGGCCAAGCACACCCCAAUUCUCAUCGACGGGGCUGUAGUGAAGCAGGUCGAGAGCUUCCAGUUCCUUGGUGUCCACAUCACCAACAAACUAUCAUGGUCCAAACACACAAAGACAUUUGGGAAGAAGGUGCAACAACGCCUAUUCCCCCUCAGGAGAUUGAAAAGGUUUGGCAUGGGUCCCCAGAUCUUGCCAGUUGGUCAGCGCUCUGAGUACACGUCCUAGUAAUCCGUAUGGCCCCGCGGCCUUGUGAAUGUUGACCUGUUUAAUGGUCUUGCUUCCAUCGGCUACGGAGAGUGCGAUCACACAGUCGUCCGGAUCAGCUGGUGCUCUCAUGCAUGCUUCAGUGUUGCUUGCCUCGAUGUAAGCAUAAAAGGCAUUUUGCCCGUAUGGUAGGCUCCCGUCACUGGGCAGCUCGCGGCUGGGUUUACCUUUGUAGUUUGUAAUAGUUUGCAAGCCCUGUCAUAUGCAACGAGCGUCAGAGCCGAUGUAGUAGGAUUCAAUCUUAGUCCUGUAUUGACGCUUUGCCUGUUUGGUGGUUCGUCUGAGAGCAUAGCAGGAUGUUGCCUGUAAUCCAUGGCUUCUGGUUGGGAUAUGUACAUACGAUCACUGUGGGGACGACGUCGUCCAUGCAUUUAUUGAUGAAACCUGUGACUGAGGUGUUAUAAUCCUCAAUGCCAUUGGAUGAAUCCCGGGAACAUAUUCCAGUCUGUGCUAGCAAAACAGUCCUGUAGCGUAGCAUCCGUGUCAUAUGACCAUUUCCGUAUUGAGCGAGUCACUGGUCAGAUUUGCCAAAUAGAGGGCGAGGGAGAGCUUUGCAUGUGUCUCUGUGAGUGGAGUGAAGGUGGUCUAAAGUUAUUUUUUCUCUGGUUGCACAUGUGAUAUGCUGGCAGAAAUGAGGUAAAACGGAUUUAGGUUUUCCUGCGUUCAAGUCCCCGGCUACUAGGAGCGCCGCUUCUGGUUCAGUGUGGUCUUAGUGCCAGUAUCAGUUUGUGGUGUUAAAUAGACAGCAAUGAAAAAUAUAGAUGAAAACUCUCUUGAUAGGUAGUGUGGUCUACAGCUUAUCAUGAGGUACUCUAACUCAGGCGAGUAAUACCUCGAAAGACUUCCUUAAUAUUAGACAUCGCACACCAGCUGUUAUUGACAAAUAGACACACACCACCACCACCCCUCGUCUUACCGCAGGUUGCUGUUCUGUCUUUCCGAAGCACGGAAAACCCAGCCAACUGUAUAUUAUCCAUGAUGUCUUUCAGCCACGACUCUGUGAAACAGAAGAUAUUGCAGUUUUUAAUGUCCCGUUGGUAGGAUAGUCUUGAAGGAGCUCUUCCAGUUUAUUCUCCAGUGAUUGCACGUUGGCCAAUAGAACGGAUAGUAGAGGCGGGAUACCCACUCGUGGAUUUGGGCCUGGUCGGGGAGCACCAGUAUCAUUAUCCUUCGUCAGACUCCUUCGUCAGACUCAUCAAAAAAAAAAAAAUCUCCAGUUCAAGGUGAGUAAUCGCUGUUCUGAUAUCCAUAAGCUCUUUUCAGUCAUAAGAGAGAGUAGCAGAAACAUUAAGUACAAAAUAAUUUACAAACAAUGUGAGAAAACAAAAACAAAAUAGCACAAUUGUUUAGGAGCUCGUAAAACGGCAGCCAUCCCCUCCGGCACCGUUAUUCCAUUCAGUAAAGUACAGUGGGGUACAGUACAAUAUAAUACAUUAUACUGUACUUUACUAUACUGUGUUGUACUGUAUUAUACUGAACUAUACUCUACAUUAUUGUACUUUCCAAACUUGUGAAACAUAGAAAUCUAUGAUUGGCUCAGAGUUGGUCAUAAACGUCUAUGUUCAGAUCAAAUCAAGUUCGGACCAGAUGUCUGUGGAUGUUGAAAUCAAGGCCGGUCUGGACCGGACCAAAUCUGAACCAAUUAUAGAAGGGGAAAAAACGACACCUGUGGACAUUGAAAUAGAGACCAGGGAGGACGGACCAAAUAUCAAUAUCUUUUCAACGUCCAUGGAUGUGGGUGUCGGACGGUACUCACUGGGUUAUAUUUGCUUUUAAAAAUGAAACAUUAUAAUAUUGAUUUGAAUUCAAUUAAAUAGGCUCCAAAUAUGCAAAGGUUAUAACCCAACCUGUUUUGGUAAUUCAUUAGUCCUCCUUCCAGGUCUCAUCAGUCUUUGGUAGAGCUCUGUGUCCACCUAGUGGUGUAGUUCUGUUAUGACACAGAGUAGUCUGAACUGUCAGAUUAUAACACAUCUUUAUCAUUAGAAUCACUCCUUCACCUUAAUCAUCACCUCAUUUUUUUUGCCUCCCUGUCUCUAAUUUUGCCUCCCUGUCUCUAAUAAUGGUCUACAAUACUCAUUAGGCCUAUGCCGUAUAGGCUUGUGCACAGUUUGUUUGUCUUGUUUUCUCUGCAGUCUCUGACACCCUGAUGGAAUUCAUGGUGGAUUUCUUAACCAAAAGCCAAAGAGAUAGCAGAUGGCAAUGCCAACAUUCCAGAGGAGCUGAGGGUCAACCUACAGAAGGCCCUGGACAUAGCAUGUGGUCUAGACGGCUACCUGGAGGAAAUGAGCAGCCAGUAAAGUGCACCUCUUGCCGAACUGUAUCAGAAAUGGCUGCAGCAGCCAAGCAGUUUGACGUGGUCUUCAUCGGCGCCGACCAGAACAACUACAUCAACUACUACAAGUUCAUCCUGGACCACAACCUCCUGCGGCUGAGUGAUGUGAUAUGUGUGGAUAACUCUCUGUUCAAGGCUAAGGUCUACCUAAAGGACACCCCUGAUGAAAACGGACUGGCGCUUCUGAGAUUUUGACCAGUUUGUCACAAGUGAUCCUCGUGUGGAGCAGGUCAAAGGGGAGACGUUGCUUGUAAAGUGGCGGAUGAUUACAGGGUAUUUUCUCUUGUGUUAAUCAGGAAGCGUUUGGUUUUCAAGGUCAUUCUUCCUCUCGGAGAUGGGAUCAGCAUCAUCCGCGGAGUAGGUGCAGGUACAAGUAGUGUAAGACACACUCUCAGAACCACAUUUAGUUCAUUUUUUGUCCAUGUUUACUUUUAGCAUUGGUACUACCAUUGUUCAUUGGCAACGGUGGUUACUACUACCAUAAGUCAAAUGGUACCUUUACAGUACUUAACAGCUCAUACAGACUUUUUCCCAGAUGGUUUACUACUCACAACUUGUGUCUCAGAGCAAGGUAACAUACGAUGCGAUAUUCCGUGGUGUGAAUGGGCGGUCGAUCCUGGACCGGAUGCGUCUGGACGGCAGGGUGGCAUAUGUGACAGGGGCAGGCCAGAGUAUAGGCAGGGCGUUCGCACAUGCUCUGGGAGAGGCUGGAGCCAAGGUGGCUGUCGUGGACAUGGAUCAAGGGAAGGCUCAGGGCGUGGCUGAGGAGCUCAGGCUGAAAGGCUGCAGGUCAUGUGAUGCUGAAGCAAGGAUAUGGGAAGAUUAUUAACACAGCGUCCAUGGCCAGUCUAAUAGUGUUAAGGCUGGGCGCUGCUGGUGGAGAAGUCAGGUGCAGGAGAGCAGAGAGGUGUGAACAGUCCACUUUAUUUGGCAGGAGAGAAUAACAGUAGGACGCAGCUGCGCCAAAAACCUCCAACCAAAAUUAGGCAAAAGUGUAAAUGCGCCAAAAUAGACACAACUAUAUAAAGUUAACAAAGUAACAAUCUUCAUGUAAACAAUUAACACGGAACAAACCAGCAUAACACAAAACAAUCCUACACAAAGACAUGAUGGGGAACAGAGGAAUAAAUACAUAUGAUGAUUGGGGAAUGAAAACCAGGUGUCCAGGGAACAAGACAAAACAAAUGGAUACAUGAAAAAUGGAGUGGUGAUGGCUAGAAAGCCGGUGAUGUCGACCGCCGAACGCCGCCCAAACAAGGAGAGGAGCGACUUCAGCGGAAGUCGUGACACACAGUUGUCAUGACGUUGGCCUGGGGGUAGGUUUAUGACAGUCAUAAAUACCUCUUCCCCCCUUUUUCCUCUCUCUAACCUACUGAUGUUACAUGUGCAAAACCCUUGGUUAGCAUAGAGAUUCUGGGAACAUCAGAAGGUGGAGGGAAAUUAACUAUAUUCUGGUAAACCGACCAAUUGAACAUAUGUGGUGGUACUUAUUGAAUAUGAUGUCAGUUCGGUUGUCAUCUGCGACAUACUCAUCAACAAUGGAAAGUCUACACAUCAGAGUUAUUGGAUUUACAUGGAAUUGUUGUUCAAUUUAAAUGUUUGAAUAUGAAAUUAUUCGUGAUGGGAUGAAAUGUGAGAUUUGGGUUUUCAUAAGGUAGGGCUCUGCUCAAUCAGUGACCUGCCCCUGUGAAGGGACAUGGGCUAUAAAACUUUUCAAACACGCCCUCCUCUCCCUUCCUAUAUAAAGCCUUGACGACAAUAUUAACAUCCUGUUCCGAGGAUGUGAGGAUGACGGUCCGAUGUCAGAAUGGUUCAGAUAAUAACUACAGAACAAAGCCAACAUCAGCGUGAGCUUUGGUUGCGAAUGGCAUGAACUUUGAACUCUCACAGAAGUGAUACCUCCUAGCCGUUGAGUUAGCAACAGCAGCUGCAAAUGCAGGUUAGGAAGGAACAGACAGAGUAUCCCGUCUACCACACAACGACGUUACUACAACGUCUCCAAUUGACCACCAGAGACAUUCAUCAAAGGACUCCAUCUACCACCAAUCUACCGAAGCGCAGCUCAGAGUAAAUAUUUAUUAUAUUUUCCUUUUCCAAAAGGGCGGUAAUUUAGAAUGCAUAAGAUACUGUAUUUACGAUAGCACAGCUUCUACCUUUGUCUCUCAGUCUUCCCGCUCUUUCACUCAAACCCAUCCCUUUUCUUUUGUGUAACAAGCUGUCUUAUCUGUUCCUCCCGCUAGGGACGUUUUCCUUUAUGACAUAAUUUGUAAUCAAGUUAUGAUUUAAUUAUGUGUAUGUGUAAUUCUGUGUGAUUAGUUAGGUAUUUAGUAAAUAAAUAAUUAAACCCAAUUUUGUAUUUCUGAUUCAACUUGUAGGCCAGGGUUUGUGCAGAUAACCAAGAAUGUACAACUUUCAGAUGAGACUGAAUUAAGAUGACGAUUAAUAUUGACUGCUAUUGAUGUAAAAUAUUACUAGGUCUUUAAGAGUUUAUUCGGAAGAUAACAGCUCUAUAAAUAUUAUUUUGUGGUGCCCCGACUCUCUAGUUAAUUACAUUUACAUGAUUAGCUCAAUCAGGUAAUAUUAAUUACGGAGAAAUUAUUUUAUAGAAUAUCAUGUCAUAUCACUUAAUCCGGCAUAGCCAAAGACACGACAGUCAAAGACUUCAUCAUUCACAAUUUGACAAGCACUUGAUAAUGUCUCAAAUCUCACGGCGACAUCUCCUUUGUGUGGCCGUAAUGCACCCGAAAAAAAUACAUGCCUUUUGCGGCAAGUGCCCAUUGUGCCCUUUCCUUUACUUAGAUUUGUGUGUAUUAGGUAGUUGUGUUGGAAUUGUUAGAUUACAUGUUAGACAUUGCUGCACUGUGAGAACUAGAAGCACAAACAUUUCGCUACACUCGCAAUAACAUCUGCUAACCAUGUGUAUGUGACCAAUACAAUUUGAUUUGAUUUGUUUUGACCUAAGUGCUCUCACACACAUGGCUCUCCAUCACAUGAUCGGGUCUUUCUCAUAGGCUACAAGUGAAGACCGACACCGGGAACGCAACUGCGCGCGUCCUUAUCCAAUUCCGACAUGCGCAUUGAAGAUAUUGGAAGAACUGUCCACGUUUACUUUUCGUCAGCCAACAAGAUGAGUAGGCUUAAUGAACAGCAAAAGCACUAGCCUAUGUCAAUAUACUAUCCCCCAUAGUACAGAAGUCGACCUAUUCUAUUCUGUGCGAGAAAAACAUAUUCCAAACAGAGUCUGGGACAGCUGUGCGAUGUGAUAGAUCCCAAAAUAAUACAACCACUAGUAUCAAAAACCUUUGGUAUGCAAUGUGGCUGACGCAACAGAUCAGAAUAUUUAGCUUAAAAUGUUGAUCAACUACUAGGCUAUUUCUUCACAUUAUAAGCUCAGCGAUGCACAAAUGGCAGUAAGCUAUAAGCGUGAAUGUUCCAUUAGCGGUAAAACACCAAUAUCACAAGUGACCGCAAAUGCAAUUAUGCAUGCAAUGCUUUUAUUAUAAAGGUACAUUUUUUUUUAUGGUGCAAAUUAUCUUCCCCAAACUUGAAAUGCGCUGCUUAUGUAUGCUAGUUAGGUCCUACACCCCUUGUAAAGUGGAUUAGUGUUCUUAAUUUUAAGAAAUUAUUUGGCCACUUUAGUUGUGAUACAAACCUUAUUAAAACAUAUAGGCCUAUGUGCUAGGCUACAUGAUGUGUGUGACUAUGAUUCGAAAAAGUCACGGGAAAAAGGCAGAAUUCACAAGUGAUAAUAUAUCAUUCACAAGUGAUAGGCUAAUAUUGUCACCCAUCAGACUAUUCUUGAUUUAAUCUUGUCUUUACAUAUACUAAAUAAUAUAUGAGUGAAAUUUGUUUUGAUUUAGAAUGGACCGUUAUCAUACACCUGUAUCGAAACAGGGGCAGCAGGACGCUUUUCCAGUGGUUCAUUUUCAUGCC